AUGCUCAACACUCAACGCUCAAACUCAACAACGUCAGGGAAGUACACAUUUGAGGAGCAGCCCCUCUCAUCACAUUCACCCGCCACACGGCAAGACCGCCGACUUGUGACCUACACGUGUGAAAAAAAUCAGUUUCUGGAAGAUGGUAAGCCCGUAAAAGCCACUAUCCACUGCUCUGAGAUGACUCCUGAAAUGGAGUUCUGGGCCGUGGACUGCGCUGCCAUCGCUCUUGUCAAUCACGCCUCUAUCAAACAGGCCGCAGCUUACAUCAAGAAGGAAUUCGAUAAGCGCUUUGGACCUUCUUGGCAAUGUGUCGUGGGGAACAGUUUUGGUAGCUACGUGUCUCACUUCGAGGGAUCCUUCAUUUACUUCAUUCUCAAGGAUUUCACAGUGCUACUCUUCCAAAUAUGA